AUGGAAAUCUCAGGAAAUAAUCCUUGGAAGACGGUGGCCAUGAAAACUUUCUCUCUGCUGCUGGUGUCCCUGCUGCUGGCAGUGGUGCUAGGGGAGAGGGAAAAGAGUCACUCCAGACCCCACCUUAAGGUCAGCAGCCCCGAACCUCGAGGCCCGAGGUACUCCGAGGGGACUUUCAUCAGUGACUACAGUAUAGCCAUGGACAAGAUCCGCCAAAAAGACUUUGUGAACUGGCUACUGGCCCAGAAGGGGAAGAAGAACGACUGGAAACACAACGUCACUCAGAGGGAGGCCCGGGCCUUAGAGCUGUCCAGUCAAUCUAACAAGAAUGAGGAGGCAAGAGAGAAGCAGAGCUCUCCACCCAAGAACUCCACCGAUGAAGGUUUGCUCAGGGAUUUACUGAUUCAGGAGCUGCUGGCCUGGAUGGUGGAUCAGAUGGAGCUCCGCAGGCUCAGGUUUCAGUGA